AUGGAUACCGAAGUGUUGAACAUUUUGGUCACUAAUAUAACUCUUCCUUUGUGUCCAAACACAACCAUUGAAAGCAUUGAAAACAAUACAUCAAAACAAUAUAUAUGUAUAUCUAGCAACUGGUCGACAGAAAGUGAUACACAAUUAAUAGAUACAGAGAUAUAUGAACCGCCUUUCCAUUUAUGGCAAACAAUAUUUAUAGCUACAUGUAUAGGCAUUUGCAUUAUUUUGACAGUUUUAGGUAAUAUUCUUGUAUUGACAGCAUUUGUUGUUGAGAGAGCCAUCCGACAGCCCAGCAAUUACUUCAUCUGUUCUCUGGCCGUAUCAGAUCUGCUCAUAGGAAUCAUAUCAAUGCCCUUCUAUGCGGUAUAUGUUUUGGUGGGCCGUUGGGAAUUGGGUGCUAUUCCUUGUGAUUUAUGGCUGGCAACUGAUCACACAGUGUGUCUCGUCUCUAUUUAUACGGUUUUAUUGAUAACUAUUGAUAGAUAUUGUUCAGUAAGAAUUGCAGCUAAAUAUAGGAAUUGGCGGACAAAACGAAAGGUUUUAUGGAUGGUUACCAUCACAUGGAUUGUACCGUUUUUAGUCUUCUUUAUCAGUAUCAUGGGUUGGGAGCACUUCGUUGGCAAACGAGAGUUAGAGCCCUAUGAAUGCGCCGUUCAGUUCCUUAAGAAUCCUGUUUUCAAUACAUCUUUAAUUAUCGGAUAUUUUUAUGUUACAAUUAUUGUACUUUUUAUAUUAUAUGGAGGCAUAUAUAAAACAGCCAGCGAUAUGGCUCGUAAAGCUGAGGCCAAACAAAAAAAGAUGCAAACAUUAGUGGCUAUGAGUCGACCAAAUGAGACCCGACCAGGUAUUGUCAUCUCUAAAACUCAAAGCACUCUUUUAAGUCAAGACAAACCUAAAGGUCAGACAGCGGCCACUGGACUCACGGAACAACAUGAAGACAGCGGCGCACACAAUGCCGUCAAGAAUUUAGAAACAACCAGUUUUAAUGAUAAAAAAGAUAACUCAGAUCAGGACAGAUCCAGUUCACCCAUAUUUGACUCCGACGAAGAUUCGCUUCCAACACAACAUUCAGCACCAGUUAAACCUAAAGUUAAAAAAGUGACAAAAGUGACCAAAAGUGGAAAACAUAAAAUUAAUGCUAAUAUCGGUAGAAAAAGUACUACUAUUGAAGCUAUCAUUCAACCGCAGUCAACAUUAACGGCACUUAUACCCAGGUCUCCAAUUAUCACGUCAUCAAAUAAAUUAGAUAUCAUUCCUCCAUUUAAAGACAAUUCAUUAAAGUCUUCAAAAGGAGAAUUGAAAAAAAUUAGUGAAUUGGGAUCAAAACAUACAAGUUUUGAUAAUGAAAGUCUUGUAUUUGAUGACACGGACUUAUCAUAUAAUAAUCAUCGAAGACCGGAACCGCCUUCAACUUUAGAUAUUAAGCCCAUCAUUAACGAAGAACCACCCAUUCCUUUGGAAGCAAAUGAAUUUGGUUUUAUUGAUCAGGAAAACGGUAUUUCCAUCGAGUCUUCCAAAGUCACUGAUUUAUCUAUCAAUAAAAUUCAACAACAGGGCAAUAGUGAUGUCAAAAGUGUACGUAAAUGUUAUACAAAUAAGACAUGUGAAACAAGUGAUAACAAGUCAUCAUCACCUACCAGUGCAAAGCAAAUCACUUCAACCGGAAGAGUCACUACUUGUGUGGACUGCAAUCUAACAGACAAUUCAAAGACGACAACUCGUGUGUCAAAAAAUGAUGAAUUGCAGCCAAUUAUAGAUAAUGAGCCAUUGAAUAGCAUAUCAUUUAAAGAGCCCAAAGAGUGUCCCGUCAAUGCCAACCCUAUGACCAACUGUGGAGGUAAUGAAGUGGACAUAAGUAAAGCUCCUUUAGCUCAGAGUCUGAGCAAAAGAUUACGAAACGGAAAGCGAAAUAAAGAGAAGAGACAGAAGUCUAAGUCCGAGAAUAGGGCGCGAAAAGCAUUGAGAACUAUAUCUUUCAUUUUAGGCGCUUUCGUCCUUUGCUGGACUCCUUAUCACAUCACAGCUCUUGUCGAGGGUUUCUGCAGAGAUCGCAUCAAUGGAUGCGUUAAUCACCAUCUCUUUUAUUUCACUUAUUUUCUCUGCUAUGCCAAUAGUCCACUUAACCCAUUUUGUUACGCCCUUAUGAACCAACAAUUCAAAAAAGCUUUCGUUAGAGUUUUGAAAGGAGAUCUACACAGAACUUAA